AUGGCCAGCCUCGUCAACAGCUCCCUCGAUCUUCUCCGCAGACGCAAGACACAGAAACAUCCCCAACUUCAUGCCCGAUGGGGGGAUGUGAGCAUCUCCGCUCCCACCGAGGGAGCCUGGACGCAGUUUAACAAUCCAUAUCAACGCGAGAAGGUGAAUUAUGGGCCUGGCUUUGUUCCCGGCUGCAGCGCGGAUGAUGAUAAUUCUUCCGACGGGGAAGAGGCCUCCCAGGAGAGCCGCUCUAAGAAGAGCGUUCUCAAGUCUCGCCGUCUCACACGCAUUCUAGCACCGUCGACCCUCAACACGACUAGUUCAAAGAAAUCGCAAGAGAGAGAGAACCAGACCGGAUUUGAGUACAAGCCUGUCCGUCCCGACUAUGCACAGGAGGUCGCAGAGAACGUCGAUAAACAAAACGUCCCUCGCUUUCGCUACGUGCCUGCCAGUCAAAAUUAUCUACGUGAUCUCGUAACAGACCUCCAACCAGAGACAGAGGCGGUGAAUCUUCAACCAGCCCGAAGCCGGUCAUGUGAACCUCCAGCUGUCACUCUUGACGAGCAGAGUCUGAGAUUACAGCCCCGAGGGGUGCAGGAGACAAUGGGCAGAGACUAUCGGCGGGGCCUAUCAUCUUCUACCAUGCCAAGACGAACUUCUCACGAUAGCAAUGUUUCUGGCGUGCGAGAGGAAGAGCGAGUCAAGCAGAAGAAAAAGACUGGGUCGUCUCUUCAACGAUCGCAAUCGACCAUGAAGCCGCGUCGUCCGAUGACACUGACGAUGGUGUCAGACCCAGACGAUUUGUGGUAA